UGUCACCUGUUCGGAUAAACGGUUUUGUUUUUGUAAUUUUUAAAUGUAAAUUGAAAUAAAUGAGGAGUAUUUUGUUGUGCAAAUACUUGUAGUGUAUUAACUAAUUAUUGUAUUAUUUUAAGAAUUUACGAUGUAUAUAAAGUCCAUUGUGCUGGACGGAUUCAAAUCCUACGGCCAACGUACAGAAAUUAAUGGAUUUGAUGAACAAUUCAAUGCUAUUACUGGACUAAAUGGUAGCGGGAAAUCAAACAUUCUGGAUUCUAUUUGCUUCGUUUUGGGAAUUUCGAAUCUUACACAUGUUAGAGCUAGUAGUCUCCAGGAUCUCAUUUUCAAAAGCGGACAAACUGGAAUUAACAAAGCAACUGUCUCGAUAACUUUUGACAAUUCCAAUGAGGCACAGUGUCCCCCGGGUUUUGAAAACUACAGAGAAAUCACAAUUACCAGGCAAAUUGUUAUGGGAGGCAAAAACAAAUACAUGAUAAAUGGAACAAAUGUGCCCAAUAAAAAGAUACAAGAUCUAUUCUGUUCGAUACAAUUAAACGUGAAUAAUCCUCAUUUUUUGAUUAUGCAAGGGAAAAUCACUAAGGUGUUGAACAUGAAACCUCCCGAAAUUCUGGCAAUGGUGGAAGAAGCAGCCGGCACAAGAAUGUAUGAAGUUAAGAGACAAAAUGCACAAAAAUUGAUUGAUAAAAAAGAUGCAAAACUACAAGAAUUAAUGUCAAUUUUCAAUGAAGAAAUCGGUCCUAAACUUGAAAAGUUGAGAAGUGAACGGGAGCAAUUUCUUGAAUAUCAACAAGUUGAGAGAGAGCUGGAAAAAAUGAAUGCGCUGUAUAUGUGUUGGCAAUAUUAUCAAAAUAAACAUGUUGUUCAAUAUGCUUUGAAGGAAUAUGAAGAUGCCCAAACAGAAAUAGAGAAUUUGCAGAAGAAAAUAGAAAAUAAUAUACAGACUGCGGCACAGAUAGAUGAAGAGGUCAAAACUCUUCGUGCAAGGACAGAUACUUCUGUUAAACUAAAGGAAGUUGAAGCUGAAUUAAAAGAAAAAGAGAAAUCUGAAGCAAAAUCAAAUGCUUCCCUAAAAACUAUUAAAGAUAACAUCAAUAUCGAGCAGAAGAAACUAAACCAACUGAAUAAAAAUCUCAAUGACGAUGGUAAAGCUUUAAAAAUUAAAGAACAAGAGCUGGAAAAGGUCCAGUCGUUAUUUGAAACACUAAAGAAGAAUGACGAGGAUGAUAAUAAAGCGUUUGCAUUGUCGCAAAAGAAAUUUGAAGCAGUUAGCGCAGGUAUGGAAGUAAACGAAGCUGGGGAAGCUCAGACCCUACAAGACCAGUUCAUGCAAGCUAAGGAGGAAUCCAUGCGAGCUAUUACAGAAAGCAAACAGGCUUCAAUGCAGCUGACAUCUUGUCAAACUCAGUUAAAUCAGAAACAGAAGCAAUUAGGAUCUAACUCUGCAGACUAUGAAAGAGAUAAAGCUGAGCUUGCUAGUAAGGGAAAAGAAGUAAAGGCCCUAGAGGCUAAUAUCAGCAGAAUCGAUUACUCUGAAAACAAAAUGAGUGAACUGCAAAAACAACGACAGGAUUUGACCAGAGAAAUUCGUUCUUUAAGAGAAGAUGUAGAGCGAUUCUAUUCCCAGAAACCAUACACCAAAUUUUCUUAUUCUGAUCCCGAACCAAACUUCAACAAAAGAUGUGUAAAGGGAGUGGUGUGCCAAUUACUUAAGUGUAACGAUACCGCUACUUGCAUGGCACUUGAAACAGCUGCAGGUGGAAAGCUGUAUAAUGUAGUAGUGGAUACUGAAGCAACCGGUAAGAAGUUACUGAAAAACGGAAGAUUACAAAGAAGAAUCACUUUCGUACCUCUGAAUAAAAUUAAAGCGUCCAAAAUCGACAAUUAUACAAUUCAGCUUGCUCAAAAAUUGGUUGGUGCUGAGAAUUGUAAACCAGCCAUGUCACUAAUAGAGUAUGACAGAGAACUCCAGAGCGCAAUGGAAUUCGUUUUCGGUAAUGUUUUUAUCUGUAGAGAUUUAAGUAUUGCCAAGCAGAUCUCUUUCCACGACAAAAUCAGGAGAAAGUGUGUCACUCUAGAUGGUGAUGUUACGGAUCCAUCUGGUACUCUUAGCGGUGGUGCUCCAAUAAAAGGAGGCAGUAUGUUUUUGCAGCUCUGGGAGGCGCAGAAAAAAGAGGGCCUACUUGCUACAAAAGAGAGAGAAUUAGAAAAAAUCAAUGCGCUUAUUCAACAGUUGAGUGGUCAACAAGAAAAGUAUAACUCUCUAAAACAUAAAUUGGAUAUGGCUCAGCAUGAAUUGAAUUUUGUGCAACAAAAACUACAAAGAACUACUCAUCAUAGAGAGCAAGAAGAGAUUAAUAAUCUACAGGUUCAAAUAGAAACCUUAAAAGAAAAAGUGAAGACCUGCAAAGAAAUUGAGACACAAGCCAAUAAAAAGGCUAAAGAAUUAGAAGCAAAGAUGAAAGACGCCAAAGGUUACCGUGAAAAACAACUCAAAGAAGCCGAGACGGAAAUGAAAAAAAUGAAAACAAAGGCAGAGAAGAGUAGAAACGAAUGGAAGAAGCGCGAACAAGACUAUGAAACGUUGAAUUUGGAAAUUUCUGAAUUACGAACUGGUUUGGAUACUGUUAAAGAUCAAAUAGAAGUUUGCAAGCAAACUAUUGCUGAACUCCAGGGUCAAUAUGACGAAAUGGUCGGUGGAGUUUCAGAACUAAAGCAAGCGGUCAAAGCACUUCAAGCUGAAGUAAAGCAAAUACACGCAAAAAUAACUGAAAACAAUAAAGAUAUUCAAAAGAAAGACAAAGAGAAAGAGAAGCUGCUGCAAUCGAAUAACGAUAUAGAACUUAAAAUUAAAGAAUGGACCCAUGAAUUGGGCAAAUUGGAGCAAAACUGCAAAAUCGCCAAAGAGAGGGAAAAAGAAUUUUCGAAGAAGAUUGAUCGUAAUAAUCCAAAUCUACCAAAAGCGGAGAAAAUGUCUAAGAAAGAAGGUCAUGAACUGGACAGUAGGAUUAAAAGUUACGACUCUAAAAAACAGAAACUAGGCAGAGUUGUUAAUACAAAAGCCCAAAUUAUGUUUGAACAAGAAGAAAAACAGUAUAACGAACUACGAAAGAGAGAAAAAAUAGUAGUGCAGGAUAAAAAGAAAAUUUUGGAAACCAUUCAAGAGAUGGAUACUCAAAAGAAGAAUUCUUUAAAAUUAGCAUACGACCAAGUUUCCAAGGACUUUGGAUCGAUCUUUUCAACGCUUCUUCCUGGCGCAAACGCUAGACUGGUACCGCCGCCAGGAAAGACAAUCUUAGAAGGUUUAGAGGUUAAAGUCUCUUUAGGUGGAGUCUGGAAAGAUAGUCUGACUGAGCUCAGUGGCGGUCAGAGGUCCCUUGCGGCAUUAUCUCUGAUCCUGGCUAUGCUCUUAUUUAAACCUGCCCCACUUUAUAUUUUGGACGAAGUCGACGCAGCUUUAGACAUGUCACAUACACAAAAUAUAGGAAAUAUGUUAAAAUCGCAUUUUAAAAAGAGUCAGUUUAUAAUUGUUUCCUUAAAAGAUGGAAUGUUCAACAAUGCUAAUGUUCUUUUCCGAACCAAAUUCGUCAAUGGCGUCUCAAUGGUAUCAAAAACUGUAAAUGAAAAUAGAUAAUGCUACGAUUGAAUUUUGAAGACCUUGUUGUUGUUUUAAACGACAAGGAAUUUUGAUAUAUUGUUUUUAAGUUUUUAUUUUUAAAUAUAAUACAUGAUAGUUUUGUA